AAGCCCGCACAGAGAGACACACAGGUAGAGAGCGGUGAAGUUUGGAGAAGUGUGAAGUCCUGUAGAGACGGACGCUCACGGCUAGUGUCUUGCUCGCUCAAGCUAAGAACUCCUCCGGCUUUUAUCACACUGUCACAAGAGCCUGUGAGUCGUAUCUCAAGGAGUGUAUUUUGAGUGAGUGAGUGUGUGUGUGUGUGUGUGUGUGUGUGUGUUGGAGCUCAGUUGCACUACAACCAAGACUUCCACUUGGCCACUCAAGGGGAUUUAUAUUUGGAAGCUGGGCGUUGGAAUUUUGGAUUUUUUUGCAUCGACUUUGGAAAAGUGCACUGGGAAAGGAACACCAGGAAGUGCACAGACACACGGUCGGGCGUUACGUCAGUGGCUUCUCCCCAGGGGCAGUUUUGAGUGUGUGGGACGCGUGACUCCGCGGCAGAGGGGAGGACUCGACAGCCGUUGGCAGGGGAACGGUCGGCCUGUUACAGCCGUUGGCAGGGGAACGGUCGGCCUGCCGGGUCGCCGCGGCGAUGGAGCCCAAGGGAGGAAGUGACGCGAGCUUGCGUUCCGAGCGCUGGUUGGAGUGAGCGCGUCCGCGUCGAAGUCUGCGCGCCCACACGCAGGCAUGGAGUUCCUCAAGAGCCUGGUGCCCGCCGUCAUAUCCGGGGACAGCGGCACCACCGCGGCCACCACUACCGGGUCGGUCAUCCCGGGUUCGGCCGCCGAGGUGCUGCCCCGGGACUCGGGCCCCCGUCUGCUGAGGGUCAAGCGUCUGGGCCUGAUGGCCAUGGGGCAGACCAUUGAGGAAGACCUGGAGGGGCCGUCCCAACCCGUGAGACCCCCUCGUCUCUACAGACACCGUCCAAAAGCCUCAGCUCCGGUGAGCAGCAGCAGCGUGGUGAGUAGACACCGGCCCCCGAGCUCCCCCGCCUCGGCCCCCCCGCACUGGGAGAAGCGCGGUGGUGGUGCCGCGUCCGUCGCCGUCGGCAACAGCAGCAGUGGGGCCCCGCCCGGCCCCUGCCCCGCCUCGGCCGCCGCCGCCAUGUCCGCCAUCACCAUCGACCCCGAGCUCAAGCCCGGGGAGUUCGUCAUCAAGAGCCUCUUCGCCGAGUUCGCCGUGCUCGCCGAGAAGAAGAUCGAGGUGGUGAUGGCCGAACCACUGGAGAAGCCAUUGUCCCGUUCCCUGCAGAGAGGGGAAGAUCCACAGUUUGAUCAGUUAAUAAGCUCUAUGAGCUCCAUAGCGGAACACUGUUUGCCGUCGCUGUUGCGCACGCUGUUCGACUGGUACCGCCGGCAGAGCGGCACGGAGGACGAGUCCUACGAGUACCGCCCGCGCUCCAGCACCAAGUCCAAAGGGGAUGAACAGCAUCGGGAUAAAGACUACCUACUGGAGCGGAGGGAUCUGGCCAUAGACUUCAUCUUCUGUUUAGUAUCUGUAGAAGUUUUGAAACAGAUCCCUUUGCAUCCAGUGCCAGAUGCUUUAGUACAUGAAGUUCUGAACCUGGCAUUCAAGCACUUUAAACAUAGAGAGGGGAACUCUGGCCCCAACACUGUCAACGUGCACAUCAUUGCAGACCUGUACGCCGAGGUCAUCGGAGUUCUCACACAGUCCAAGUUCCAGGCGGUGAGGAAGAAGUUCAUCACAGAGCUGAAGGAGCUUCGGCAGAAGGAGCAGUCUCCUCACGUGUGCCAGAGCAUCAUCAGCCUUAUCAUGGGCAUGAAGUUCUUCCGGGUCAAGAUGUACCCCGUGGAGGACUUUGAGGCCUCCUUCCAGUUCAUGCAGGAAUGUGCCCAGUAUUUUCUGGAGGUUAAGGAUAAGGAUAAGGAUAUCAAGCACGCCCUGGCUGGGUUAUUUGUGGAGAUCCUCAUCCCUGUAGCUGCUGCGGUGAAGAAUGAAGUGAAUGUACCGUGUCUGAAGAACUUUGUGGAGAUGCUCUACCAGACAACCUUUGACCUUAGUUCCAGAAAGAAACACUCUCUGGCUCUCUACCCCCUAGUGACGUGCCUGCUGUGUGUCAGCCAGAAGCAGUUCUUCCUCAACAACUGGCACAUCUUCCUCCAGAACUGCCUCUCUCACCUCAAGAUGCCCUCUAACAACAGCAUCAGGAAGCAGAUUGAGACACUGCAGAACAAAGACCCCAAAAUGUCUCGCGUAGCGCUGGAGUCGCUCUACAGGCUGCUGUGGGUCUACAUCAUCAGGAUCAAGUGUGAGAGCAACACCACCACACAGAGCCGCCUCCUCAGUAUCGUCUCAGCACUUUUCCCCAAAGGCUCCCGAAGUGUGGUGCCACGGGACACCCCCCUCAAUAUCUUUGUCAAGAUCAUCCAGUUUAUCGCUCAGGAAAGGCUGGACUUUGCCAUGAAAGAGAUCAUCUAUGACCUCCUGUGUGUGGGCAAAUCCCAUAAGACGUUCACCAUCAACCCAGAGCGGAUGAACAUCGGUCUGCGGGCGUUCCUGGUGAUCGCCGACAGCCUGCAGCAGAAGGAUGGCGAGCCACCCAUGCCCACCACCGGCGCCAUCCUGCCCUCGGGCAACACGCUCCGCGUCAAGAAGAUCUUCCUCAACACCACGCUCACCGACGAGGAGGCCAUGGUCAUCGGUAUGGCGCAGUACUACCCUCAGGUGCGAAAGGCUCUGGACAACAUCCUGCGACACCUGGACAAAGAGGUGGGCCGCUCCAUGAGCAUGACCAACGUCCAGAUGUCCAACAAGGAGCCCGAGGACAUGAUCACGGGUGAGAGGAAGCCGAAGAUCGAUCUGUUCCGUACGUGCGUGGCGGCCAUCCCUCGUCUCAUCCCCGACGGCAUGAGCAGAACGGACCUCAUUGAGCUGCUGGCCAAGCUGACUAUCCACAUGGAUGAGGAGCUGCGGGGCCUGGCCUUCACCACGCUGCAGGCCCUGAUGGUGGACUUCCCGGAGUGGCGCGAGGACGUGCUGUCGGGCUUCGUGUACUUCGUGGUGCGCGAGGUGACCGACGUCCACCCCACGCUGCUGGACAACGCGGUCAAGAUGCUGCUGCAGCUCAUCAUCCAGUGGCGGCAGGCCGUUCACACCAGCAACCGCAGCGGCACCACGCCCACACCCAACCCCAACGCCAACGCCGCUGGCCCCACGUCCGUGUCGGUGUCGACGCCGAGUCUGUCCCUGGAGCGCUCUCCCCAGCUGGGCGUGCUGCACGUGGUGGAGGGGCUGGCCCUGGUGGUGCUGUGCAGCUGCCGGCCCGCCACGCGACGCCUCGCCGUCAACGUCCUCAAGGAGGUCCGCGCGCUGCACACCGCGCUCGGCAUCGCCAAGGGAGAUGAGGAGUUGGCCAUAGACGUGAUGGACCGGCUGAGUGCCUCAGUGCUGGAGAGCUUCAUCCACCUCACAGGGGCUGAUCAGACCAACCUGCUGUACUGCCCCAGUGGCAUCGACCUGCAGACGUUGGCCGAGUGGAGCUCGUCGCCCAUCAGCCACCAGUUCGACGUGGUCAGCCCCUCGCACAUCUGGGUGUUUGCGCACGUGACGCAGGGCCAGGACCCGUGGGUCAUCAGCCUGUCCAGCUACCUGCGCCAGGAGAACCUGCCCAAGCACUGCCCCACGGCGCUGGGCUACGCCUGGCACUUCGCCUCCACGCGCCUGCAGCUGCUCUCGCCGCAGGUCGACAUCAACAGCCCCAUCAACGCCAAGAAGGUGAACAGCCUGAGCAGCAGCAGUGACUCCUACGUGGGCCUGUGGAGGAACUACCUGAUCCUGUGCUGCAGCUCCGCCACCUCCUCCUCUUCCGCCUCCUCCUCCUCCUCGUCCUCCUCCGCCCCCGGGUCAGUCCGCUGCUCCCCACCCGAGACGCUGGCGUCCACGCCGGACAGCGGCUACAGCUACGACUCCAAGAUAAUAGGCAUUCCGUCCCCCUCCUCCCUGUUCAAACACGUGGUGCCCAUGAUGCGCUCGGAGAGCAUGGACAUCACCGAAUCACUCGUGCUGGGGCUUGGCAGGACCAACCCCGUCGCCUUCAGAGAGCUGCUGGAGGAGUUGAACCCCAUCAUCAAAGAGGCUCUAGAGAGAAGACCAGAGAACAUGAAACGGCGCCGGCGUCGCGACAUCCUCAGGGUCCAGCUGGUCCGGAUUUUUGAGCUGCUGGCUGAUGCUGGUGUCGUCAGUCAGACUGCGAGCGGAGGCCUGGAUGGGGAGACGCACGCUCUGAACGGGACGCUGCUGGAGUACGUGGACCUGACGCGGCAGCUCCUGGAGGCGGAGAACGACAAGGACUCGGACACGCUGCGCGACAUCCGCUGCCACUUCAGCGCCCUGGUGGCCAACAUCAUCCAGAACGUGCCAGUGCACCAGAGGAGGAGCAUCUUCCCCCAGCAGUCUCUGCGGCACAGCCUCUUCAUGCUGUUCAGCCACUGGGCCGGACCCUUCAGCAUCAUGUUCACUCCACUGGACCGCUACAGCGACCGCAACAUGCAGAUCAACCGGCACCAGUACUGUGCUCUGAAGGCCAUGUCUGCUGUCCUGUGCUGUGGGCCAGUGGCGGAUAACGUGGGCUUGUCGUCUGAUGGCUACCUCUACAAGUGGCUGGACAACAUCCUGGACUCUCAGGACCGCAAGGUGCACCAGCUGGGCUGUGAGGCGGUGAUGCUGCUGCUGGAGCUCAACCCGGAGCAGAGCAACCUGAUGUUCUGGGCCGUGGACCGCUGCUACACGGGCUCUCGCCGCGUCGCCGCCGGCUGCUUCAAGGCCAUCGCCAACGUCUACCACAACAGGGAUUACCAAUUUGACACUGUGGUGCUGCUGAAUCUGAUCCUGUUCAAAGCAGCCGAUUCCUCCAGAGAGAUCUAUGAGGUCGCCAUGCAACUGCUUCAGAUCCUGGAGCCCAAGCUGUUCCGUUACGCCCACAAGCUGGAGAUCCAGAGGAGCGACGGCAUCCUGUCUCCGCCCUCUCCACUCCCCCACCUCUACUCACUGUCCUACUACCAGCUGAGCGAAGAGCUGGCCCGCACUUACCCAGAGCUCACACUGCCUCUAUUCUCAGAGGUGAGCCAGCGCAUCCAGACAGCGCACCCUGGUGGCCGGCAGGUGAUGCUGCACUACCUGCUGCCCUGGAUGAACAACGUGGAGCUGGUGGACUUCAAGCCGUCGGCGCGGCGGCAGGAGGAGCCCUCGUCGGGCGAGGACGAGGACGAGACGCGGGAGCGGGAGAUGAUGAUGGUCAACAGCCGCCGCUGGCUCAGGGGAGAGGGCUGGGGCUCGCCGCACGCCACCACCAUGGUGCUCAACAACCUCAUGUUCAUGACCGCCAAGUAUGGAGACGAGUUUGCCUGGUCUGAGAUCGAGAAUGUGUGGACCACGCUGGCCGACAGCUGGCCCAAGAACCUCAAGAUCAUCCUGCACUUCCUCAUCAGCAUGUCCGGGGUCAACAGCGACCCCAGCCUCCUGCCCUACGUGAAGCGUGUGGUGGUGUACCUGGGCCGGGAUAAGACCAUGCAGCUGCUGGAGGAGCUGAUGUGUGAGCUGGAGCUCACUGACCCCGUCAGCUCGGCCAUCACUCACAUGGACAACCCCCCUUACUACCGCAUCACCUCCAGCUACAAGAUCCCCUCUGUCAACUCAGGAACCACAUCUAGUAGCAACACCAUGGUGCCAGGACAAGAUCCACACCACGACAAGAUAAAAGAUCCCAACAUGGAGGAUAAUUACACCCACUUGGACAUCUACAGCGGCCUGAACAGUAACCUGAACAGACAGCACCACCGGCUGGAGUCUCGCUACAGCAGCAGCUCAGGAGGCUCCUAUGAAGAGGAGAAGAGUGACUCCAUGCCCGUGUAUGCCAACUGGCGUCUGAAGGUGAUGGACCACAACCGGCCGGAGCCGCUGCCCUUCCCCCCUACGGGAGGCUGCUGGUCCCCUCUGGUGGACUACCUGCCCGAGACCAACACCCCGGGGGUGUCGCUGCACAGGUGUAACAUAGCUGUGAUUCUGCUGACGGACCUCAUCGUGGACCAUGGUGUUAAAGUGGAGUGGGGCGCAUAUCUCCAUCUGCUACUGCAUGCCAUAUUCAUAGGUUUUGACCACCAGCACCCAGAGGUUUAUGAGCACUGCAAGCGCUUACUACUCCACCUGCUGGUUGUCCAGGGAACAAACAGCAGCGUCCAAUCACUGGCCUCCGUUCUGCUCCGCAACCGCGAGAUCAACGACCCCAAGGUGCUCACGAUCAAGCCGGCCCUGCAGGAGUUCAACCUGACCGGUGUGAGUGAGCUGGUCCCAGACUACCAGCCGUCCCCCAUGACCGACUCGGGCCUGAGCUCCAGCUCCACCUCCUCCAGCAUCAGCCUGGGCAGCGCCGCCCUGCCCCACCUGCCGCCCGCCCUCAACGAGGUGGACCUCUCCGCCGAGCAGGACCAGAGGGUCAAGGCCCUCAUCGAGUUCAUCACCUCCAGGAAGCGGGGUCCCCUCUGGAACCACGAGGACGUGUCACCGAAGAACCCCAAUAUUAAGAGCGCGGACCAGCUGAGCGUGUUCCUGCGGCACGUGGUCAACGUGUUCAAACAGACGCAAGCAGGGUUCCAGCUGGAGCAGCUGCUGAGUGAGGCUGCGCUGCAGACGGCCCUGUCCUGCUCGUCCCGUCACUACGCCGGACGCUCCUUCCAGAUCUUCCGCGCCCUCAAGCAGCCACUCACCGCCGCCACGCUCUCAGACGUGCUCUCACGCCUCGUGGAGACGGUGGGAGACCCGGGAGAGGAGGCCCAGGGCUUUGUCAUAGAGUUGCUACUGACUCUGGAGGCUGGUAUUGACACGCUUGCAGACACCAUGAAGAACUAUGACCUGCUCACUGCUCUGGCACAUCCGUCAUCCCACGAUCCUCUGCUGGGCACCAAGUUUGCGAUCAACCGCAAGAGCACGGGUCAGCUGAACCUGAGCAGCGGCGUGGGCCUCCUGCACGGGCACUACGGCCACGCCCGCUCCAACUCGUUGCGCGCCAGCCUGCUGUGCGAGCGCAAGGGCGACCGCCGCCGUAGCAACACGCUGGACGUGGCCGAGCGGCUCGGCGGGAGCCAUGGCAACCUGCCGCGCACCAGGAGCCUGUCCUCGCUGCGAGAGGGCGGAGGGGGAGGCAUAGCGGGUGGAGGGGGACCUGGGACAGGUGACCCGGCGCCGCCGGCCGACCCCACCAACCUGAUGGCGACGGUGUUCUGGAUCGCGGCGUCGCUCCUGGAGUCGGACUACGAGUUCGAGUACCUGCUGGCGCUGCGCCUGCUGAACCGGCUGCUGGGCCAGCUGCCGCUGGAGAAGGCGGAGAGCCGCGAGCGGCUGGAGCGCGUGCAGGCCAAGCUCAAGUGGUACAGCUUCCCCGGCCUGCUGCAGCUCUUCCUCAAGGGCUUCACGUCGGCCGCCACGCUCGAGCUCACCAUCCACCUGCUCAGCAAGCUCAUCAGCGUGGCGCGCCACACGCUCGUCGACCCGCCGCAGGUGGCAGGUUUCCCUCUGAACAUCCUGUGCCUGCUGCCUCACCUGGUGCAGCACUUCGACAGCCCGACGGCGUUCUGCAAGGAGACGGCGGACCGCAUCGCCAAGGUGUGCGCCGAGGAGAAGUCGGCCACGCUGGCCAACCUGGCGCACAUGAUGAGCCUGUACUCCACGCGCAACUACUCGCGCGACAGCACCAACUGGAUCAACGUGGUGUGCCGCUACCUGCACGACGCCUUCGCCGACAUCACCUUUAACCUCGUCACCUACCUGGCCGAGCUGCUGGAGAAGGGUCUACCCAGCAUGCAGCAGUCCCUCCUGCUGAUCAUCUACAGCCUGCUGAGUCACAUCGACCUGUCGGCUGCGCCCGUCAAGCAGUUCAACCUGGAGAUCAUGAAGAUAAUUGGCAAAUACGUGCAGAAAUCAGUGGGCGGACUGUCCCAUAAUUAUCACCAUCCGCCUACUAAUACCAUUACCAGCAGGAACACACAUUCUAGCCCGUACUGGAAGGAGGCCCAGAACAUCCUGAAGCUGGUGGUGUCGCGCUCGGCCAGCCUGGUGGUGCCCGACGAGGUCCAGCGAUCCUACAGCACCGAGUCGUCAGGCUCGCCCGAGAUCGCCUUCACACGCAUCUUCAACAACUCCUCCAAAGAGCUGCCCGGCAAGACGCUGGACUUCCACUUCGACAUCUCAGAGACGCCCAUCAUAGGGCACAAGUACGGGGACCAGCGCACGGCGGUCGGUCGUAACGGCAAGCCGCAGGUCAUCGCGGUGACCAGGAGCACCUCCUCUACAUCUUCAGGCUCCAACUCCAACGGCCUGGUGCCUGUCAGCUGGAAGAGACCACAGCUGUCUCAGAGGAGGACCAGGGAGAAGCUGAUGAACGUCCUGUCCCUGUGUGGGCCCGAGUCAGGCCUGCCCAAGAACCCCUCGGUGGUGUUCUCCUCCAAUGAGGAUCUGGACUCGGGAGACCAGCAGACCAGUCUGAUCCCCACCGUGGAGGAAGUGACCCGGGAGGAGGAAGCGCAGGCGGAGGAUGCAGGAAGUGAGCAGCAGUUUGGAGUGUUUAAGGACUUUGACUUCCUGGACGUAGAGCUGGAAGAUGCAGAGGGGGAGAGCAUGGACAACUUCAACUGGGGCGUGCGGCGUCGCUCGCUGGACAGCAUGGACAAAGGCGACACGCCGUCGCUGCAGGAGUGCCAAUACACGGGCAGCACGCCCAGCCUCAACCUCACCAACCAGGAGGACACGGACGAGUCGUCCGAGGAGGAGGUACUGAGUGCUAGCCAGAUUCUCAACCGAUCCAACCUCCUUAAUAGUGACUCGGCAACAGACGAUGCCACAUCCAAUCACGUCGACUCGCUGCAGCAGUCCCAGGACUCCUCCAGCAGUGUUCUGACAGAAGAGGCCACGCCCACACCGCCUUUGCCCCGCCCUGACAGUCCAGCCCCUGAGACCACCCACUCCGACAGCAAUAGCAGCCAGCCGCCUGAGGAUGCGGUGAGCGUGACCGCGGCCGACGAGCUGAGCAGCAGCGUGAGCGAGGACACGGGCUUCGGGAGCGUGCCGCCGCUGCCGUCCGACGCCGGCGAGCUCUGCUGCGACUCGUCGCUGCCCGACUCCCAGGACCCCCACGACGACCUGGACCCGGCCCCCCCUCCCCCGCCGGCCAUCGACAGCCCGCCGGGGUCCCUCUGUGAGUGUGUGGAGGAGGACGAGGGCUGCGGGGGAGGACCCACCUCACUGCCCAUGCCCAUCAUGCCCAUCAUGCCCCCGUCGCCCGUCCCGGUAGCGGCAUCGCUGCCCCCGCCGCCGCCGCCGCCAGAGCUGCUGCUGCACGCCAGCCUGGGCUCGCUGGUGGACAGCCCGGCGGGGUCGGUGUGCGAGGACGACGUGACCCUGGCGCUCAAGGAGCUGGACGAGCGCUGCGAGGAGGAGGAGGCCGACUUCUCGGGCAUGUCCAGUCAAGAUGAGGCUGACACAGAGGGCUUUCAGGAGACCCAGGCCUCCCCACCUCCGUCGCCCUUUCUCUCCGCCAUCCUGGCCGCCUUCCAGCCCGUAGCCUACGACGACGAGGAGGACGCCUGGCGUUGCCAUGUCAACCAGAUGUUAUCGGACACAGAUGGGUCCUCUGCCGUCUACACGUUCCACGUGUUCUCCAGACUCUUUCAGAGCAUCCAAAGAAAGUUUGACUCCAUUACCCAUUCUUCCGUGCACUUCCUCGGAGAGAGGCUCCAGCGAAUGGGCAACCAGUUCCUCAGCUCCCUGGAGGUCAUGACCUCCUGCUCCCAGUGCCCCACUGUGCUGCUGGACGCAGAGACGUUGGUCUCGUGUGGUCUGCUGGAGACACUCAAGUUCAGUGUGCUGGAGUUACAGGAGCACCUGGACACCUACAAUGGCAAGAGAGAUGCCGCCCAGCAGUGGUUGGACAACUGCAGGAAGACUUUCGGUGAUAAAGACAGCAGCCAUCGGCCCAACACUCAGGCUCAAGAGCUGGAGCUUUGCCGGCGGCUCUACAAGCUGCAUUUCCAGCUCCUGCUGCUGUUCCAGGCCUACUGCAAGCUCAUCAGCAGGGUGGACACCAUCAAGAGAGAGGCAGAGGUGAUCAACAUGUCUGACGAGCUGGCCCUGCUGGAGGGCUGUCUGAAGGAGGCGGAGUUGGCGCGUGACGGACAGGAGGAGGUGAGCGUGGGCGUCGGGGAGGCGGGGCACAGCAGCACAGAGACGGCCAUCCACGCGCUCAUCGAGAGCCUGCGCGCACGCCACUUCAGCCAGGCCCUCACGCAGGUCAAAGCCUUCAGGGCUCUGUGGCCCAACGACAUCUUUGGCAGCGAGAAGGACGACGCGGUCCAGACGCUGCUGCACAUCUACUUCCGGCACCAGACGCUGGGCCAGACGGGCUGCCUGGCGGUGGUGGGCCCCAGCCGGGACCUGUCGCAGGCCAGCGGCCGCCUCAUGGAGCUCAACCUGCAGAUCCGCGAGGCGCUGCGCCAGGCCCACACGUCCCCGGCGCUCGCCCAGCCCCAGCCCCAGCAGACGCAGGUCCAGCCCCUGGAGCAGGACCAGGGCCGGGCCCCGGGGGACACGGGCAUCCAGCCUCAGAGCCACACCCACAUCCAGCCGCCGCCAGAGACUCAGAUCGAGGACCCGCUGGAGACGCACGCCACGGUGCUCAGCACGGGCCUGUGAGGCCGAGCCGAGUGGACGCGUGUGUGUGUGUGUGUCGGGGGGGCGCGCUGCGGCGUAGCGGACCGGACGUGGGGACUGCUGCCUUGUCCCACCCCCCCCACCUCCACCUCCAGGGUCGACCUCCAUCCCAACAACCCCCCCCCCCCAACCCCUACUCUACUCUCUGCACACCUGCACUUGGCAACCUGAAGGGGGGAGGGGGGGGUUGUGGGGAAAAGCAAGGAGGGGAUAAGCACCUGAGAGGAGGAGGGGCAUAUGGGGCGGAUGGGGGCGGACCCGUGGGUGGGGACUGAAGACGUCAUUCUAAAGGGCUAUAAGGAUGUGAGGGGGAUGAACUCAACUCGCUCAUGUAGAAAAAUGCGCAAGUGUCGCUCUUUCCAUUCUUCUUCUUCUCUCUCUCUCGCUCUCUCUCGCUCUCUCUCUCUCUCCUAUCCUCUCUUCUUUUUCUCCACCCGAAAAUAAGCCAACCUCGCUUGGAAGAAGUUUAAAACAAAAACAAAAAAAAAAACAUUCAGCUGCAAUAACUACUCGUGAGACGGUGACGGGAGGUGGCGUGCGGAAGGGCCGAGGCAGAUGACGCCGAACUGGAAACGCUUCUCUUUUUCGGGACGAAAACGACCCACAAGCAGCCCUCCUCGAUUGAGAACGGCCCGUGGGCUCUCUCGUUGGCCCACGAUGCACUGGGCCGGCGAAACUGAGCACGCAUGGUGUGGUCGCCAUGGAGAUGGCAUGAAGAAGAAGAAGAGGAGGAGAGGAGGAGGUGUUCGCAGGAUUCCCUGUCACGUUGGACUCAGUAUCAAACAUAAUAUUAAGAAAACGAAAAGGAAAAAAAAUCUAUAUAUGAAUAAAAACAAGGUUUCAAAUGCAUGCUUGAAAGAGAAAGCAAUGCAAGACAUAUUUUUGGAGAAAUGUAUUUUUUAUUAGAGCUAACAUCCUAGGAUGUAAACAUUAGGGAUAUUUAAUGUGUAAUUGUAAGCCGGGGGAGAGGGCGGCUGUCGCCCUCAGGGUGCUGUAUAAAGAGAAAUUUAUCUGUUCACUUUACGGACCCCCCCCCCUCCCCUCCCCCGCACCCCCAGAGUCUGGGAAACACCAAGCCUUUGCUUAGUCGCUCUUAACAACAGCAACAGAAAAAAAAAAAACUCUUACCCUGUUACCAAAUAAGUAGCUGCCUUUAGAAACCAUAGAUAUCCGUGUGUGUGCACGGAUGUGUGUGUGUCUACGUGUGCCUGUGUGUGUGUGCGAGAGAGAGAGAGACAUUUUGUUUGUGUUUUGCGCACAUGACGCAUGUGCUUCUGUUGGCGAUACAGGUUUUGUUCCUAAAGGCAUAUUUACAUAUAAACACACACACAUGCACAUACACAUACGCAGAUUGAAAUGCGCGCGCACACACACAACCACACACAUAGAGUAAGUGCUAAAACUGGCUGCAACUCAUUAUGGAAAUAUCAAUAACUUAUUUUACUCUGUAUAUAUUUUAGAAAAAAUUGUAUAGUGUAAAAGCAGUAUUUUUCCCUUGUACAUUUGUGUAAUGCACUGUUAAAGCAGAAUAGAGUAUGAAGCUAACGCAAAAAAAAAUAAAAAAUACAAAUAAAUACGCAAGAAUUGAAUAAGAGACCAGAUAUAACAAUCACUAACAAACCCUCUUUACCAUUCUACUAUGUUGGCAACUGAAACUUUUCUCCCCAAAAGAACUGGCCUUGGCUGGGGCAAGCGCUCAUGCACAGAGAGGGCACUGACACAGGUCAGAGUGCAAAGGUCGUCGCCGGGAACCGACACCUGACUCCACUGCUUAGUAGUCGAGAAAAAGACACUUGAGGUCGUAGCCCCGUCUCGAUGUUUGGACGGCCAUUGCCCAGCCCAGUCUUUGCCACAUGCAUUCCUUAACUCCACUGUGAUUCUCCACGCUGGCUUGCUUUCCCCUAGACAGGUUGUUCUGAGAAACCUGUGCUCGAAGGAAGCUUGGGCUCUUUGUCGUCCAUGUUGGCUCUGUCUUAACCCAAUACCCCCUGUCCCGAACCCCUGCCCGGCUCAGGGUUGCACUGAUGGUGUGUUCUAGCCCUAUGCCCUGAGGGGGAAACUGGCCAUGGUGGCUCUGCUGUGCUUCUGAAAGGCACUGGGCUUGCUUGCCGAACUGCAGGACAUUAAGCAAUGUCUUGAGAGAGAGAGAGAGAGAGAAAAAAAUUGUCGUCAUGGCACAUUUAAGGAAAAGAUUUAAAAAGAUGAUCACUGUAUUCAUUCCUCACACCGAUCUCUUCUGUUGCUUGUCUGGUACAUUUUUGAAUGCUGUUCUUAAUUAUUUAAUGAAUAUAUGGAUAUAUUAUUUACCUGGAAAAAGUAUACUUUUUAUUUAGAGGUGCAUUAUUCCUUUUUCUUCUGUUUUCUUUAGUUUUUCUGUUGAUUUUUUGUGUUUUUUUUCUUUCUUUUUUCUUUUCUUUGUCAUCUCACUCUUUACCAGCCUUUCCUCGUCUGGAUAAAUAAAAAUCUGAUCAUA